AUGUUCAGAGCUAUGUUGAAUUUGCUUCGUCCGUGGAAUAAUCGUUGGCUACUCCCUCAAAUGCUGUGUAUAACAGUGGACUUCCAAGUCUCUCCUUUUAAGCGUAAUAUCAAAUCUAAGCGGAAGAUCUAUGAUUCCAACAGUAUGGUUGCCAUGGAAAUAAAUGCUGCAAAGGGAACUAGAACAUACCAAGUUUGGCCAGGGAACAAUGUAUUUUUUUGACAUGGCCGACUUGUAUGCGGUCCAGAUCCAAGAGGGUUGUUCCUGACAUCUGUUUCUACCCUGAUUUCAACUUGGAUUUUCACCAUUUACAUUGCAAAUGAUUUGCAAAAUACUAACCCCACUCUUGUUAUCACUAUAUGUUCGAUUCUAACUAUAGUGGUUAUUGUCAACUUGAUUCUGGUUACAGCCAUUGACCCUGGAAUCAUUCCCACAAGCACUCAACAAUCAUCUGUUGAAGAUACUGAUAGCAGUAAUGGGAGUAGGAGGAAGAAGGUAACUAUUAAUGGGGUUCAACUGAAACUAAAAUAUUGUCGGAUUUGCAGGAUUUUUAGACCUCCAAGGAGUUGCCAUUGCGCCAUCUGUGACAACUGUGUUGAAAAAUUUGAUCACCACUGUCCAUGGAUUGGUCAGUGUAUUGCACUGAGAAACUAUCGGUUCUAUUUGUCAUUCUUGAUAACAGCACUAGUGUUCUUUAUCUACAUAUUUGCUUUCUCUUGUUGGAGGAUUCACCAAAGAAUGUUGGAAAGUGGCACCGGGUUGUUUGGAAUGCUGAGGAACUGCCCUGAAACCUUGGCAUUGACAUUGUUUAGCUUUGCUGCCAUUUGGUUCCUAGGUGGCCUUGCUAUCUUCCACUCCUCUUUAACUGCAACAAAUCAGACAGCAUACGAGAAUUUUCGGAACCGCUAUGAGGGCUCUCCGAAUCCAUAUGACAAAGGAAUAAUAAGUAAUAUAACGGAAGUGUUGUUUUCACCUUUACCUCCUUCCAGAGUUGAUUUUAGGGCUGAAGCAAUGCCAAGGUGGAACGUGGAAGAUGAGAAGCCUCCUCUUGGCUGAUCAUUUAAAAGUUCAGAACAUAGUGGCAAAGCCUGAGUUGAACGGCUUCUUUCAUGAGAGCAACAGUAUUUG